AUGAAGUUUUCUAGUCAAGAUACUUGUGAAGUUGAUAUAAUAAACUAUAUUAAUAUUUUAGACAGUACUUAUUUGAAUUCGGAUCAAGAAUAUGCCUUACUUGAUAAUGAAAGUAAUUGCAGUUUUACUGAUCAAUCCUUUGAAAUACCCAGAAUACCUACUACAGAUAGUAGUAGAAAUGAAAAUAUAUAUUCGGAUAUAUUUAGUAAUAAAGUAGUCUAUGAAUUGGUAUUAGAUUAUUUUAAAACAUUAUCUAAUAAUAAUGAAAUACAAGAUGAUAUUAAUUGGUUAUCUAGUGAUUUAGAUAAGUUAACAGAUACCGAAUCAUCUUGUAGUUUUCCAUUAUCAGUAGAGGAAAAUGAAGUAGAUUAUGAAAUUAAAGAAAAUGAACAAUCUAAUAAUAAUAUCAUUAGUCAAUGUAUAAUUACAGAAUUAGUAGAUGAUGAACUAAAACAUUACAAACUUUCGAAAGAUAUUCUUGCAGAAGAACUUUUUGAAGCAUUUAAUAACUUUUAUUCAAAAAAAAACUUGCAAAAAAUAAAUCACAUUCUGCCUCAACGAAUCAAUCUAAUAUAG